UUUCGAUCCUCGAACUCUCUGGUACCCAACCCUUCAACUACCACUCCUAGGCUUUCAGAAGCGCAAAAGACGACAAUGGCUCCCAAGCCACCGUCCACCACGAAACACACAUCGAAGAGGAACCCCCAAGCACGGAAAUCUGCGACGGCGGGACCAUCGACCUUGAAGUCGAAAAAUGCCAAACGUCCUCCGCCGAAACAAGUCAAGACGAAACCAGGCUCCCAUACAAACACUCACAGCGUGAACGCAAAGUCCACGAAGAAGCGCCAGAGGACAUACACCGACAAGCAACUCAAUCUACCCGCUUUGAACAUGAUCACGCCCGCAGGUGUACAGAAACCGCGCGGUAAAAAGAAGGGCAAGAUUUUCGUGGACGACCAAGAGGGCAUGAUGACGAUUAUGGCCAUGGUCAACGCGGACAAAGAGGGCCAGAUCGAAAGUAAAAUGAUCAAGGCGCGGCAUAUGGAGGAGAUAAGAGAGGCCAGGCGCGCUGAGAUGGAGAAGAAGAAAGAGAAAAAGAAGGACGAACUUGAAGAGGUUAAGAAGGGUUUGAAGAAGGGAAAGAAGUCAAACAGUGCUUCAGUCAACGAAGACAAGGAGUCCACUGGCCGCGAUGCCCAGAAGGAGAAGAAAUUCAAGAAGAGAGUGUCCUUCGCGUGAGAAGUGGUGGCAUAGUGUCUAUGUCUAUUGUGCUGUACAGUCUAUUAUGGGGCCAGAGUGCAGUUAUUGCUGUGCCGGGACAUGCAUUUUCCGCCUCAUCGGCUCAAAGACUGGUUUCAAGGGCUGUCGCGAUUCGCGAGAUAUUUGCCCUUCAAGCUGUGAGUCCUCGGCGUCCGUCCUUGAAAUGGCGUCCAAGUCAAUAUCUUGUGCCAUCUUCUGGAAAAAUGCGGUUGCCUAAGGAGGAGGACUUGUUAGCUCGGCCCAAGCAGGGAUGAUGCAAAUGCAUCCGGGCCACAACAUACCGCUCUGGCGCACCAUCUUGUGCCGCCUAGCUCGAACCAACCGAGGUGACCUCCAGUUGAUGUGGUGCAAAGC